AUGAUGAUGGUUCAAGUUGUGCCUGUCUUCGUUCAAGUGGUGCCAGGUGCACCGAUGGAGCCGGCGGAAGUGGCCCCGGCCAUGGAAGACGUUGAGCAACCCUUCAGUGGGUCGCCCCCAGGGGAAGGCGAAGGCGAAGAGAGUUCCAGCUCUGAAACCGCCAACGGGUUGGUGGGAACAGUUUGGGAAGGGAUUUGGGCUAUCAAGACGUUGCUCUUGGGAGAGGAGGAGUUGUUGCACUCCAAUUGGGGAGUGGAGGAUCGGAAGGCCAUGGUCAUCGCCUUGCGCGAUUGGGCGAUGACCUCCGUGUGGGCCAUCUGGAACUCUGCAGUCCAAGAUCGGUUGCAGGGAUCCAAGAACAGGCAGAGCCAGCGGCUCCCAAGGCUUCUGGAGAAGUGCGCCCAACUUCUACGACCUGCAAGGCUUGGGUAG